UUUUCACAACAUUUCGUUCCAGGUGAUCUUAAAAUUUUUUCGAAUUUUAUCGUUUUAUUUUUGCGUAACCGUAAACCACAGAUAAGCUUACGUAGCUGCAUUUUGUUGUUUUGCAAACACUACAGAAUUUGCUUAAUUUGAACGCUUUUCAUUUGAAAAGAUUGGCAGAGCGGAUGUUGGAGCGCAAGAUGUGUGCUACUUCGGCGAAGUGCUCUACUUGACGACUGAGCAUCACUAAACCGUCUAAACGGCUAAUAAACGUAAUCGGUUUUCUGGAAUUUGCUACCUUUUUGAUUCCUGAAGUCUCCUCUCCCAAUUUUUUCUUGAGCAGUAAUCUCUGAAGGGUAUUGUUUCGAUUUGAGCGACACUGUUUCACAUGAUGGAUAAGCCGGAGGCGGGUAAAAUGGCGGGUGAAGCCUCGCAAAGCGCUGCCAGUGUACCCGAGCCAGCGCACGCUGACAAUGCUUCCAAUGGAGGUCCCGCCGCGGCUGCAGGCGAACCAGCGGAAUACGCUGAUGAGGAAUUCCAGGAAUAUGAAGACGAAGACUACGGGGAGGACCUGCAGUAUGAGGACGAAGAGUACCCGGGUGGGGACAACUUCGAGAUCACCGCCACCGAAUCGGCGGACUUUGGUGAAGGCUUCGAAGGCCAAGAAGAGGAUAUGCUUGAAGAUGUGCGCACCAAAAUACGCGAGAUGGAGGAAGAGGCAGAAAAACUGCGCCAACUCCAGUCUGACAGCGAAAAAACAGGGCGCCCGAGUUUAGGCCAGCUGGGAAGCACCACCGCCACACCGGAUACGGACAAACUGGAAGUGGACUCCCGCUCCGUGUAUGUCGGCCAGGUGGAGUACAGCUGUACCAAUGAAGAGCUGGAGGCGCAUUUUCGACCCUGUGGACAGAUUGUGCGCACCACGAUCAUAUGUGAUCGCUAUUCCGGGCAUCCCAAAGGGUAUGCCUAUAUUGAAUUCGCUAAUAAGGAUUCAGUGGAUGCAGCUGUCGCGAUGACAGAUACGAUACUUAAGGAUCGCCAACUCAAGGUUGUAGCCAAACGGACAAAUCAGCCAGGAAUGGGCACUGCUGCCCGCCGUGCGCGACGCCCGUAUCGCGGCUAUAUGCGAUCACGCCGACCGUCCUACCGAGGAUACAGUCCUUACUACCGUGGACGUAGUACGUACCGAGGUGGAUAUCGGGGAAGCUUCCGUCGAUCAAGAACACGUUACGCUCCAUACUAAUCAAACAGCCAGAGUUCACUUGACACCUCUCCAUAUUCUAUGCGCAUGAAGCCGAAGUGACGUAUUAUUGUUGCGAGACUGGACAUAUGGGACAGUGGAUUGUGUAGUCUGCAUCGCCCAAUUGGAGCCGCUCGUCGGGCCCACGUUAAUUUGCAAUUCCACAUUGUAUGACUUUUUUAUGGUUGCUGCUGCUUGCAUUUACACCGAAUAGUGUUUAGGAAGUUCAAAUGGACUUACCUAAACUUCAGAAUUUAGUAAGGUUCAAAGGGCCAUCGAGAAAGCUAAUUGUUGAAUUAUUUGAAAAGUUAACACGAGGAAAACUCGAAAAUAAAUGGCCGGUUAUCACAUAAAAAAAAUGUA